UAUAGCAUCUCUGAGCAGUGGACUGACUGGGUGACAGGGACCAUACAAUGCGUUGAAAAGUAUCUCACAUAUACCUCUUUAUUAGCAAUGCCUUCCUUAUAGCUAUGGACAUUCGGAUUGUUAAAGGGUGGACUGUCUCGUUAUUCUCGUUGGAGACGCGGACUGUUUGUCAAUGAGAUAUGUGGAGUCGCUCUAUCCAUCGGUAUUAACGCAGAAAAUACAAGAUGAAGAAGCAAUUCAAUCGAAUGCGACAGCUCGCCAACCAAACAGUGGGCAGAGCUGAAAAAACUGAAGUAUUAAGCGAAGACCUGCUACAGGUGGAGAAGCGGCUGGAGCUGGUCAAACAGGUGUCCCACAGCACCCACAAGAAGCUGACUGCCUGUCUGCAGGGCCAACAGGGGGUGGAUGUGGAGAAAAGGUCUGUCAGAUCGCCCUCGAAAAAGCUGCCCCUUACAACGCUAGCGCAAUGCCUGGUGGAGGGAGCUGCAGUGUUGGGCGACGACUCACUAUUGGGGAAGAUGCUAAAACUGUGUGGCGAGACACAGGAGAAGAUGGCUCAAGAGCUCAUCCUGUUUGAGUUCACCAUUGACAGAGACGUGGUGGACCCCCUGUACGAACUAGCCGAGGUGGAAAUCCCCAACAUCCAGAAACAAAGGAAACAAUUAGCAAAACUGGUUCUGGACAUGGAUUCGGCACGCACAAGGUUCCACCAGUCCUCCAAAUCGGGUAUGUCCAGCAACGUGCAGCCAGGGGCCAAGGGCGAGCACCUCAGGGAAGAGAUGGAAGAGGCAGCCAAUCGAAUGGAGAUCUGUCGAGAUCAAUUAUCAGCAGACAUGUACAAUUUUGUGGCCAAAGAAAUCGACUAUGCAAGCUACUUUCAGGCAUUGAUAGAGGUGCAGGCACAGUACCACAAGAAGUCGUUAGAGCUCCUCCAGAACAUUCUGCCUCAGAUUAAAGCCCACCAGGAGACCUGGGUGGAGAAGCCGUGCUAUGGGAAACCCUUAGAGGAGCACCUAGCCCUCAGCGGACGGGACAUUGCCUUUCCUAUUGAAGCCUGUGUCACCAUGCUGCUGGAGUGUGGCAUGCAGGAAGAGGGCCUGUUCAGAGUAGCGCCGUCUGCGUCCAAACUGAAGAAGCUCAAGGCGUCUCUUGACUGUGGGGUGAUGGACGUUCAGGAGUAUUCUGUAGACCCUCACGCCAUCGCAGGUGCUUUGAAAUCCUACCUACGGGAACUCCCUGAGCCACUGAUGACCUUUGAACUUUACGACGAAUGGAUUCAAGCUUCCAACAUUCAAGACCAAGACAAGAGACUCCAAGCCCUCCUCACAGCCUGCGAGAAACUACCCCUGGCCAACGGCAACAACUUUAAGUAUUUAGUCAAGUUCCUCGCCAAAUUGGAUGACUACCAGGACGAAAAUAAAAUGACCCCUGGGAAUAUUGCAAUUGUCUUAGGCCCCAACCUGCUUUGGACAACACAGGAAGGGAACAUUACAGAGAUGAUGACCACUGUGUCCCUGCAGAUCGUAGGCAUCAUUGAGCCCAUCAUCCAGCACGCUGACUGGUUCUUCCCUGGAGAGAUUGAGUUUAAUGUCACAGGAAACUAUGGCAGCCCGGUCCACACCAAUCACAACGCCAACUACAGCUCCAUGCCCUCUCCGGAUAUGGACCAUUCAGACCGCAAGCACAAUGAUCAGAGCCGACGUCCACUCAGUGUGGCCACCGAUAAUAUGAUGCUGGAGUUCUAUAAGAAGGAUGGCAGCGUUAGGAAAAUUCAAAGCAUGGGGGUCAGGGUGAUGGACACUUCUUGGGUGUCGCGCAGGGGCUCGUCGUCAGCGCGUAAAAGCUCCUCCACGCCCCUAGGUGUACAGCCCCCCCUCCCACCCUCAGACACUCUCAUACCUGAGCAGGGGGAGAUCUCUGCGUCCCCCUCCCCAACCCUUCCUCCCGCUAGCAGUGAUCGUGCCAGUACUCUGAAGAACAAUGAGCUGUCUCCAGUGAUUGGACAGAAGGGCUUCCAGGGAACGUCACUCUCUGGUGGGCUGUCACAGCACUCUUCUGACCAUAGCCCUCACACCCUGAGAAGAGCUAAGAAGCUGGCCCCCAUCCCACCUAAACCCUACUCUCAGUCUGGGGGAAUGUCGGACCAGUCUACAGGUCAGCCGUCUCCAGUCAGCCUGUCCCCCACCCCUCCUAGUACCCCCUCCCUGUACGGCUUCAGCUACCCCCAGGGCUACGCCACCAUCGGCUCCCCGGGACAGGCCCAGACCGCCACCCCCUCUCUCUCCUCCCCUCCCUCGCUAGCCGGCACCCUCACCAAGGCUAGGCCCACUCCCAAGCCUCCUCGGCAGAGGCCCAGCCUACCCCCGCCGCAGCCCCCCAGCACCCCUGGCUCCAGCCCCCAACCUCUUGAGCACGGUGGCGGCCUUCUGGAUGGAUUGUCUCCUGGAGAGAGCAUGUCCACAGACUCUUUCUGCAACCUGGAUAUCCCCAUCAUUAACGUAGAACUGGAUGGCAUCUUUGAUGAGCCCAAGAUGGCCCCCUACAGGAACUCAGUGGCGGUGGUCCGGCCAACCCCUAAGGCCGAGUCAGAGGAAGAGUCUGAGAGCACGAUACUAUGACAUCACAAGUUUCCACGCCCAGCCCUAACUAUUCCAACCUGUCUCCAGGACCCGUUCUCUGACCUUUGACCCAAUGGGGACUCACCCCAGACCUCACCUCCACCCAUAGAGACCAAGUACCACGCUCAGCCCUGUAAAUCAAAGUCCCAAAAAAUGUAAUAGACAUGAAUACAGAAAAUACCCAUAUCCACAUCCAGAGGGUUUCCGACUGAGACAAUGGGGGUUGAAACUUUUGAUUCAGAGAAAGGGACCGAAUGCUAGGUUUUUAUGUUGACUAGAUUCCAUUGAUUCUAUCUGGGGUGCAUUCAUUUUUAAGGAUUUAUUUAAAACAAUUUUGUUUGUACAUCUUUUAUUUUUGCCUUAUUUGAGUCAUUUGCAAUAUUGCCUUUAACUUACAAGACAUGAAAACAAGUUGCUUGGUGCAAUGGGUUCUCCUCUUGUGAGUGCAGUAGGAAAGGAAGGGGACAGGUCAUCUCUGAUUUCCUCUCCCUGUCACCAAGGAGUUCACUGGCAUUCUGGCAACCCCUUGUUCCGUCCUGGCUGAAUGUGUGUGUGUGUUUGUGAAUUGUGUGAUGUGUUUGGAAAUGUGCUGCAUCAUUGAGUGGCGAGUUCUGCCAUAGUCUGUGAGUGAAAAUAUAAUGGUACUGCAAGACCAGUUUGAGCUUGAAUUCGCAAUCACAUUCUUCAAAGGGGGGUUUAAGAUUACAUUUGGCUGUUAGAGGGGAAGUUAAGUCAGGAUAAUAUAUGAUUGACUAUUUAAAAUGAAGGUUUAUACUGUACAUUUCAGAGUAUAUGAUAUUAAUAGAGAUACAGGAGUUAUUAUAUGAGUCAUAUAAUAUAAGAAUUCAACCAUAGAGAUACAGAUAUUCUACUGUAUAUAGAACUAUAAAUACAGUAUACAGAUAUUAUAUAGUCUAGCAUGUACUUGACUGUACAUUAUCAUAGGAGAGGCUUGGAGCUCAGUGGGAGAAAUCUGCAUGUCUAUGUUGUAGUAGAGGGAAUAGAGCAUAGACACAGAAUAAACAGAAUACUUAUAAAUGGAUUGCUGAAUAGUGAGUAUGAGUGCACUUUACAGAUGUAGGAUCUUAAUUUGUUCACCCUGUUGCAGGAUAACUUUUCUUCAAUGUAGGAAUUUCUUUAACUUGAAGUGUAUUUGAGGUAUUAAAAGGCUUCUGAAGUUUGUCAUUUCCACUUUGAAAUUUCAGACUUGAUUUUCCCUUACGAAAAAUGUAUCAACCCCUACAAAAACAUCCACUAGUUAUAAUCCACAUAAUAAUUGACAUUUCCUGUUGCUGCAGGAUUUUUUUCCUGCUGUAGCAAACUGGCUCAAAUUAACACCCUUUGUCUGUAUACCUCCUCUCUGUGGUCUCUGUAACUCUGUUAAUGAGCACCCUGAGACUUCUCUGGCAAGAGCCUAUCACUGGGGAACCGGCUCAGCUGUUUGAAAGCAAAUAUUGGAAACUCUUCUGAGAGUGAGUGUGUAUAUGGGUGCAGUUCUGUGCCUGUGUGUGUGGGUGUAAUCCGGAAUAUAGGUACAUUUCUUCUGGUGCUAGAAUAUAUGUUUAUAUUCUAUCAUGCAUCGAAUGAGAAUAGGCUCUCAUUGAAAUUAUACAGAGGUUUCUGUUUCAGUCCCCCCACCACACAAUUAAAAAAAACAAUACUUUCACGAUGAGGAAUGUGAAGUAUUUCUUAUUGUGAUGAAAGUAUUUACUGUAUACUGAUGAUUAUGGUGCAGAGGAGUUGGAUUGACAUCCACAGCACAAAAGACCAAUGGUCCAAUCAGUUUAUCCGGUGUUGGGGUUCAAAGGUGAGGCGCCCGCCUAUGACCUAUACAAACCUAUGACUUUUUCUCCUUAGAAAUGUUCCAUCCAUUACACUUAUUAUUGCCUGGAAGCCACAACAAACGCUGCCCUUUCAUGCACUUAUGUUCAAGUGCUAUAUAUUUUAUCCAUCACAACACUAUUGUAAAUACUGACGCCUCUGUAUAUGUGUGUGUAUAUAAAACAGGGGGAGAGGAUAAAAUAUAUAUUAAGAUAAGAAAAAUAUAAAUAUUGACUGAAAGUAUUUGUAUAUUGACAUGUCCGUGUUGUUCUGGUCCUGACCACAAUAUUGCCAGAUUCACACUUAAUGAAAUGCAGUAAAGCUUUGCACGGUUAUCAGCCACAAGCUUUAAAUAGUACCAUAUAACACGGACAUAGAUUAAAGGUUAAAUCUAUUUUCUAGGAUUGUUAGUGCAGAGUCAUCAGCCGGGAGCUUAAUAAUACAGUAUGUCUGAAUGGAAAGUGCUGCGUCACUGUGUGUUUCCACUAGUCGACAGCCUGACCAGUAGAGCUAUUGUAAGGGAUGUAUUUGUGAUUGUCAAUAGGUAAGUUAGAAGGGGACCACCAUCCCUCGAAGCAAAACACGGGUGAGUCGACUUAGUUAUUCCAACCUUACAGCACAGAGUAUAUUCCCCAGUGUAGAAGACAAAUAUCCUCCCCUGAAAGCAAUAUAGUUCAACGCAAUGCUGAGUAGACAAUUCCAGAAGAAAAAUGUUGAAGUUCAAAAUGAUAAAAGAAAGUGCAAUUACAGUAUUUGUGAACACAGAAACAGAGAAACCUCAAAGAUGAAGGGGGUCCCACUCUCUUUAAAAUGAUUUGAAGUUUUUUACAGUUUAUAUUGAUGUUUUAUUGCUUUUGUCUUUUGUAUCAUUACUUGCAACAAAUGCCAACCAUGGCAUAUGAUUUUGAGGAUUCAAAAAAUUAUAAAAUAGACAAAAUUGCAUUAACAUUUUUGAAGGCUGUUCUUACAAUUUGGAUGUUGAAGUGAAUGUUCAGUUAUGUGUCUAUCUGGACUUCUGUCUGUGGUGAUAAUGUGCUGUUCUGUUGCUGUUCUGUAAAAGGGGUUGUCUUCUUUUUAUGAAGUGAUGGUUUGUACAUAUUUAUUGAACUCACAACUUUAUUAAAAGCAGAAAUCCUGUGUACCAAGGGCAGUUGUUGGUAAGAGAGAUUCCUCAAACUAUUUCCACUGUUACAGUUUUUCUAAGCAUGUCUGUUGAGUUACUGUAAGAGAAAAUACCUUUUUUAAAUGAAUAGGUGGAAUGUACUGGUGACUAUUUGGACUGUUUGCCUCAGGUUGUUUUUAGGGGGAAUUCUCUGUGUUGUGGAUGUAGUUUUAACAGGAUGGACAGAUAGUAGUGAUGUGAAUAGGCUUGGGUGUUAUGACUAGACAUUGUCCCACGUGUGCAAAUCAGCAGCAUGCUUUGUCAUCAUGCUUGUGAAAUUUGUCUUACCUUUGGUCCUAUUUACCUGUGCUUGUCAUAUUUAUUUUUAUAUGUGAAGAGAAAAAGGGCCUUGCAAUGCAGGUAGAAUUAUUCAGUUUAUCAGUCCACAGUUCCUGUUUUGCAUUUUUGUUGAGCUCCAACUUUUCAUCCAGUCAAUCAACUAUUCACCAAGCAGAGUCACAUAAAUAUAUGAAGUACUGUACAUCUAGAAGCAUGGCUUAAUAAUUGCCAAACUUAAUGACUUAAUACAACUCGGAGACAAUAUAGCAUCUAACUUCUAGCUUUUUUUGCCUAAUGAGUCAGGAACAGAAUGACAGUGAAACUGAAUGGAUGACUGGCAGUGUAUUUCUUUUUGUCUGCAAACAUUGAGUUAUUCUCUGAGGAUAGCCUUAUAUAGGCAUAAAUCAAUCCCCUUAUCCAUCAGAUGAAAAAACCCUCCUGCUUCAUAUUAGGCAAAACAAAGAUACACCUUUUUUGGUUUGCCAAUCAGCCAAGCCUGAAUAAAUGUGGGAUAAAACACACCUGGUUUGCCUCUGAACAUUUGUAAGUUAUGACACUGUGGUGCAUGCAGCUAUUGUUUGGUAAGAAAGUACCGUUUAAUGAAUAUUUUUGCAUAGUUUAUGCUCAAGUAAUAAAUUAACACAAGGGAGUCAAAAUAAAAUGGAAGAUUGAUGCUCCAGAGACAUUGCUUUUAGAUAUAACGGCUCUACAGUACUAUGUCAAACUGCAGUGACAUUGGGGACACUAAAAUAAAGAGAGGGGACAUACUCCCUCCCAGUCACAGAGUGGAACAACUCCUGUGGACAUGUCCUGUAAGAUCAAAAACAAUGCUCAUCAGAAUGUUGAAACUAUUAAAAAAUGUUUUUUUUGAA